GGAGAGACGGGCCAAGUCGGGUCGCGCCAGCCAGCCGCGAUCUCUGCUAGGGGCAGACGGAUCGCUUUCAUGUCGCAGGGUGACUGCUAGCCCCGCGGAGGCUCCCCCGGCCGGGCCGGGCCGGGGCCGGGGCUGGGGCUGGGGAGGCGGCGGCGGGCGGGCGGGCAGCUGCCCCGGCGCCGGGGUGCCUGCCGGCGCGCCCCGCGGAAUGCUGGCGGCGGGGGAUGCGGAGCCGCCCGCGGACUAAGAUGGGGGGCGGCCACUCCCACAGGGCGCCCGUCUUCGACGAGAACGAGGACGUUAACUUUGACCACUUUCAAAUAUUGCGUGCUAUUGGGAAAGGGAGUUUUGGAAAGGUGUGUAUUGUACAGAAGAGAGACACCAAGAAAAUGUAUGCCAUGAAAUAUAUGAAUAAACAGAAGUGCAUUGAGAGAGAUGAAGUUCGAAAUGUUUUUCGUGAGCUACAGAUAAUGCAAGGCCUGGAGCAUCCCUUCCUAGUCAAUCUAUGGUAUUCCUUUCAAGAUGAAGAAGAUAUGUUCAUGGUGGUUGAUCUCUUACUCGGAGGCGAUCUGCGUUACCAUUUGCAGCAGAACGUCCACUUUAAUGAAGGAACUGUUAAGCUGUACAUUUGUGAGCUGGCGCUUUCCUUGGAUUAUUUGCAGAGGUAUCACAUCAUUCACAGGGACAUCAAACCUGAUAACAUAUUACUGGACGAGCAUGGACAUGUUCACAUCACUGACUUUAACAUAGCAACCAUAGUGAAAGGCUCAGAAAAAGCUUCUUCUAUGGCUGGCACAAAACCCUAUAUGGCUCCAGAAGUGUUCCAGGCCUUUAUGGAUGGAGGUCCAGGAUACUCGUACCCAGUAGACUGGUGGUCUCUAGGAAUUACAGCAUAUGAAUUACUGAGGGGUUGGAGGCCCUAUGAAAUUCAUUCAGCCACCCCCAUUGAUGAGAUACUCAACAUGUUCAAGAUAGAAAGAGUUCACUAUUCAUCUGCAUGGUGCAAGGGCAUGAUAGGACUACUGAAAAAGCUCCUCACUAAGGACCCAGAGUGCCGUCUUUCAAGCCUUGCAGACAUCCAAAGCUCUCCAUACCUAGCUGAUGUCAACUGGGAUGCUGUUCUAGAGAAAGCUGUGACCCCAGGCUUUGUUCCUAAUAAAGGAAGACUGAACUGUGAUCCUACAUUUGAACUUGAAGAAAUGAUUUUGGAGUCCAAGCCUCUACAUAAAAAGAAAAAACGACUUGCCAAAAACAAAUCCAAAGAUGGAGCUAAGGAAACCUGCCCACUGAACAUACACCUGCAGCAGUGCUUGGAAACCGUUAGGAAAGAAUUCAUCAUAUUCAACAGAGAGAAAAUUCACUGGGAAGAUGAGGAGGAAUGAAGGGAAGACGAACUAUUCCCAGUUUCUCUGUGGAAAAAGCCUAUCAAACAAAGAAGUUUCCAGAAGAUGAAACAAACCCAUUGUCUUAAGAUUUGUGUAGUUGCAAAAGACUGUCCUGUGUACUAAAAAUAGCAGUUAUAGAAGAAAAGUCCAUGGUAGUUCUGUGUUUCAGUUCAGCUAAGCAUGUUCUGUUACUGUUAAUCCUAUAAAACAGUCUGGGAAAUUUGUGAAAUGUGAAGGGAAUACUGCUUUCAUGUGUGCAAAAUAGACCCUGCAUGUUCUGAAGUCUUUCUGUGAAGUCAUUCCUAUGGUACACCAUUUCUUGUAAAGGAUAGGAAUUAAGGAAAACCGAAUGCGGGCCAUGUUCAUCUUCCACCCUCAGUGUAAUUUCCUCUUGGGGCACUCAUAUACAAUUCCAAAUAAUGGAGCAGCAGACAAGGAGCAGCUUUAGGCAUGUGCAACGUUCAUGGGUUGAAAAUACUUUAUACUUCACAUAAAAUGGCUAAGCUGUUCUGAAGAGGUAGCUUUACACUUUCGUCUUCAUUUGUGCAGGAAAACAUUAAGCAUCCAGAAUGAAAUCCCUUACACUGUAAGCUGAUCUUAUCUUGAUUUUAUUUUUCCAGUGUUUCACAUACCACAGUGGCUGAAGUGUUGCUAGAUGGAAGGCUUUAUUCUUAUUAACAUCAAUAUUUCAGUGGAUGUGAGCUACAAAUUAAAAAACAUGUGUGCCUUCUGAUAUGACACAGGUGUAUGUCAUCUGUCCACACUAACAUUGUCUUCCAAUACCUUUACAAGAGGGGUACACACUGUCCUGAUCCAAAGUAAAAUAACAUAGUAAAAUCCUUUUACAAUCCAAGUUUGAAUGUGCUACAUGAAAUAUUUUCUAUUCUUAAGAGUCUCAGUAAAAGCUCAUACUUAGUUUUGAACAUAUAAACUAAAUAAACCAUGAUCAAAGAAUGGUCCACACACUGAGACUUAGCUGGAGAAUAUGAUCUGAAGUUGAUUUCAGGGACCUGUUUGCCUCAUUUUGCUGACAAAUAAUUUUUUGUUGUUUUAAAUCUAUUUCUACAGAUAGAUGCUGUAUUAUAUCUAGAAAUGCAGCACCAAACAAUCUGUAGUAACUGAUUGUGUAUUCCCAUAGACUUAACAACAAUUUUUCAAGAAUUUAAUCUCAUUUAGAAGU